AAUAUGAAGAAUUGGCCUUUGCGUUCUCAAAUGUGAUCGACGGAACAACCGAACGGAGAGUAGCACAAGGGCCAAGAACCGGCAGCCGACGGCGUUUCAGGGUUUGCCCGGGCGGACUAUUGUUUCAUACAGGAUUGUUGUUUAUUGUAUUUCAUUGGUGGGUUUUGCUCAAUCGCAAAAAGAAAGGGCGGGAUUUUGGAGGCUAUGGCUCCAGGGCGGAAGCGUGGGGCGAAAGGGGUGAAAACGAAGAGCGACUUGAGUUUGGGCGAUCUCGUCCUCGCAAAAGUCAAGGGCUUUCCUGCUUGGCCUGCCAAGAUUAGCAGACCUGAAGACUGGGAGCGUGCUCCUGACCCUAAAAAGUACUUUGUCCAGUUUUUUGGUACAUCAGAGAUAGCUUUUGUUGCUCCUGCGGAUAUCCAGGCAUUUACUAGUGAAGCAAAAAAUAAAUUGUCUGCUCGAUGCCAGGGUAAAACAGUCAAAUACUUUGCCCAAGCUGUGAAGGAAAUCUCUGAGGAAUUUGAACUGUUGCAGCGUAAAAAUUUAAGCGGUAUAAGAGAUGAUGACAAUGCACAAGAUCUUGCAUCACAGACGCAAUCUGUUGAUCCAGUGGUAGAUGAAGCCUUAGAGAUUAAAGGAAAUGAUAGAAUAGAUACGGAAGGACCAAACUGCAACUCAGAGAUAAAAGGGCUGAGUGAUCUGGGCUCUGUUUUGGAGCCUUGUUCACAAAGACAAUGUGAGAUGGAAUGCCAAGAUGUAAAGCCAAGCUUAUCAGAUGACAUGAAUCAUAGUUUGUCUCCGCAUCUUUCUUUGGGAAAGAGGAACAAGCUUUCUAGAAGUCCUAAAUUAGUGAAGAAGUUGGUAUUAGGAUGUAGCCCGUCCGAUUCCUUGGUUAAGGAGGAAGGUUCAUGUGAUGUCAAAGUCGAGGGUAUGGCUUUUGAUGUUGACCAGACUGAAUUGACAGAUAGCCAUGAACCAAAGUUGGCAAUGGGGCCAAAGAGGAAGCAUGAGGGAUUCAUGCAUAGGCAUAGUGGAGCUAUACCUCAUGAACAUAUUGGUGACGAGGUGCAGACAAAAUUAGCUUCAGGUGGCAGCAUGAAGGUGUCAUCCAGUUUGGGUCUAGGUGUUGGCAGUCAAAGGAGGGGGAAAAGAUUGCUCAAAGAUAAAAAGCAUUCUGAGGCGGCAGAUGAUGGUCCAAUGGACUCUGAAGCUUUUGAGGAGCAUAAGAAAGUUAUCUCCAGGAAAAAAAUGAAGUACCGAUAUGAAGAUGAAAAACAAACUAAUGAGUCCAAUCGUUCUACUGAUGAAGAUGAUCUCCCUCCGACAAAGCGCCACCGAGCACUUGGGAUGAUGUGUACUUCUGCUUCCGUUCCUGAAAAUAAGUCCGGAAAUUCUACAACACGUAAAAACGGAAUGGUGCGUCCUAACAAAGCUCGAUCUCCGGUUCCGCAGCGGCCAGUGAAACGAAGAGCUGUCCGCCUAUGUGAUGACGAAGAUGAUGAAUUGCCAAAAACUCCAGUUCAUGGAGGAUACAUCCAUAAGGUUUCUGUUAUUCCUAGCGGAUCAGAUUCAAAGAAGAAUGAUCUUAUGCGUGGUGAGAAUAAUGCCAAUGAUCAACUGGCCUCGAGAACAGUAGAUAAUGCCUUAAAAGAACAUGCUCAAUCUUCUCAAGUAUCCAAUAAAGCUUCAUCAGCAACUGCUCAGCAAAGCAUGGAUAAGGGAACUAGAGAAUCAUCAGCAGAACAUGUAUCUCUAGGUCCAAUGCAGUUAGAGUCCGACAAAUCAUCCUUUGUGGAGGCAAAACCAGUAGGUUCUCCUAAAAGGUCCAGUCAAUCUAUUACUGCUACCGGAACAUCAGGAGAACCAGAAAAGAAGCACUUCAGCAAGGCACCUGGCGGUAUUUCUCAGAAGAAAGUUCCACCGGGAGCCAACAGGGCCAUUGCUACAGCUUCGGAUAGGUCAACUACAUCUCUUUAUCAACCAAUAAGUGAAAAAAGCAAGGCAACUUCUUCUGGGGAGAAAAGGAAUACUACUCCAAGAUCAGAUUCCCAGAACAGUGAUUCUGUUUUUAUGGUUGGAAAUCCAGAUGAGAGCAUUACCUCACUUGGCGAAAGGCCGGAGAGUGGUAAAGACAUCAAAACAAGCUUCCCCGUUGAUUUGAAAAAUUCCGGCUCUGUCAUGUCCAUGAAAGAUCUUAUUGCUGCUGCUCAGGCAAAAAAGAGGCAAGCCCACUUGCAAAACUCAUAUGGAAAUCCUUUGGCUUUAUUGGUUAAUGAUGCUGACAUGCUUGGACGGAGCCCAAGCCCUAUUCCUGAUGCAGUAGCAGUUGAAUCAGGCAACACACUCCAACUGGAUGUACAAGGAUUACAACCUACUUCACCUUCCUCUGAUGUUCGCCAAUUUUCAUCUAUGAAUGAACAUGAGAAUGAAGAACUUGAGGAGAAGAGGGUAAGCUCAGGUCAUCAGGCCACUGGUAGUUCUCUUAGCGGGGGUACUGAGGCAGCUGUUGCCCGUGAUGCUUUUGAGGGAAUGAUAGAGACACUAUCAAGGACCAAAGAGAGUAUUGGUCGUGCAACUCGUCUUGCAAUUGAUUGUGCAAAAUAUGGGAUUGCCAAUGAGGUUGUGGAACUACUCAUCCGGAAGUUGGAAAACGAGCAGAGUUUUCGUCACAAAGUGGACUUAUUUUUUCUAGUUGACUCGAUAACCCAGUGCUCUCAUAGUCAGAAAGGAAUUGCAGGGGCCUCUUAUAUUCCCACUGUUCAAGCAGCCUUGCCCCGUCUGAUUGGAGCUGCUGCUCCAUCUGGUCCAGGUGCUCAAGAAAAUCGGCGUCAGUGUCAUAAGGUCUUGCGUCUGUGGCUUGAGAGGAAAAUCUUGCCAGAAUCUGUUCUUCGCCGCCACAUGGAUGAUAUAGGAGCAACAGAUGAUGAUAAAUCUGCUGGCUUUUCCCUAAGGCGUCCUUCCCGGGCUGAGCGGGCUAUUGAUGAUCCUAUCAGAGAAAUGGAAGGCAUGCUUGUGGAUGAGUAUGGGAGCAAUGCUACGUUUCAGUUGCCUGGAUUCCUGGCAUCUCAUGUGUUUGAUGAGGAAGAAGAAGAGGAAGAAGAUAAGUUUCCAACAAAUUUAUGUAAGGAAGUUGCAGAUACAUCACCCUCUGAGCAUACGCCUGGAAGCAGAGAUCCUGAGAACUAUACUGUUACUCCCAGUGAUCGGCGCCAUCAUGUAUUAGAGGAUGUUGAUGGUGAGCUCGAAAUGGAAGAUGUUUCUGGAAACCAAAAGGAUGAGAGAUCAUUGUUUGACAAUGGCAUUACUGAAGUCUCUAUACUCGAGCAAAGUUCAGAUGGGGUCUUCGAAUCAGCUUCAAACACGUCUGAGUUGCUGCCUUCUCCUGAGGGCUCUCCACCGUUGCCACCUGAUUCUCCUCCUGUAAGUCCGCCGCUACCCACUUCACCACCUCCAACGUCACCAUCGCCCCCACCUCCACCUCCACAUCCACCAUUAACAUCUCCACCUCCACUGCCGCCGCCACCACCAGCUUCCUCACAUCAAGUUCUAUUUCCUCCACCACCUGUCGGUCCUCCACCAUUUCUUUCCCAGCAAUCAUUGCCACCUCAACAUCAUCCUGCAUUGAUGUCUCAACACAUGCCUCCUCUUCCAUCCACAAUGUCAAGUUCCCAGCCAUUGGCUUAUCACCCACCUCCUUUACCGCGUGAAAUUGGUGGCACACCAACUGGAAAUCAACAUGCAAAUAUGGUUUCAAAUACUCAUGGGUCUCAUUCUGAUGCGCCUGUACUGCCACAGCAGUCUUUCUUUCACCCUGCCGGGGUCAGCAAUGCACAUGAACAUGUUGGUUAUAAUUCAUCAAGGUCUGUAGAAUAUGGAAAGGGCGAUGGAUAUAUGACUCCCCAAGCUUUGCAACAUAGGCAACCAUUUCUGCCUGGUAAACCUUUCGUACAGAGACCUUUGCAUCCUGAACCCCCACCUCAACAAACAACUGGUCAAUUUUCGUAUCCAAACUCAGUCCAGCAACAUCAGUAUCCCCCUUACUCUUUGCCAAAUAUGUCUGAUGGCCCGAGAAGAUAUGCUGCUGAUGUACAAUGGCGGAUGCCUGCAAAUGAGUUGAAUGCUGAUUGUCAACUCGGAGGCUGGAUGACUGGAGGGAGAUCAUGUUCCGGUCCACCUUAUUCACAUGAAGCAGGUUAUUUUGGACCACCACCUGAAAGGCCUCCUGCAGGUAUCAUUAGUUUUCCGCCCUCUUCAACAAAUAGUCAACCAGCUGCUACUCCAAUCCCAGUUCAUGGUGUUCCGAUGAUGCCUUGCAGACCAGACAUGUCUGCUGUCAAUUGGAGGCCAGCAUAAGAGUUUAUCUGAGACUUACAGGAUAUGUGGUGUUUUCAGGUUAUCGGCCACAGCACAAGGAUAAUUGACCCUAAUAAUGCUUCAACUGAGAUGAUGUUUUGGAUGGGAAAAGAAAUGGAAUUUUGAGAAGUUGUGGAGACCCUUGGCAGGAUUGUCUAUAUUAAAAUUUUUUCCUGACAAAUGCAUCCACACAGAAAUUCUUCUAAGUGAAUUGCCUUUUAGUCCCUACCCAUACUAGGCAGUGAACUAGACGGUUCCUGGUUCUACUGACCAGGCACCCAAAUCCAGUUUCUGGGAUUGAACUGCUGUACCCUGUUGUCUUGGCUGAAAGCCCUGCUCACCCCUCGAACUGACCUAAUCUUGGAAUCCAGAUAAGUUGCUGUUAGAUUUCUUUUUGUAGUCUUUGUUCUCGACAAAGUAUGGGCAAUGCUCCAGAUCAGGGUUUGUGGUCAGACGACUUGGGA